AUGCAGUGGAAAGUCGUCCUCUUUGUGCAUCGAUGGCGUCUAUGGAAGAGGCUACAUCAAACUGUGCGAGCCAUAGCCACCAGAGAUGAGCAUUUGAACAUCAGAGAUGAGUUGCAGCUGACACAAGGUGAAGAGACAAACAGACAGCAGAAGAAGACGGAGAUGGUUUUGCUCCAGAAUCAACAGUUGUGCCAAGAGCUGGCAACGCAUCGGAGACAGGGUAGAGAUCACGCGGAAAAGAUUCGACGACUCAGUCAACAGCUCUGCCAGGCGCAUGAUGCCCACAGAACCUUGAAAAGACAGCAGAUGGUAGACCGAGAGAGGAUCGAACAGCAGGACCGUCUUCUGAGGCAGGCGCGCGAGGAAGCAACAGCUAAUGAUGAGCGUCAUCAGGAAGAGCUCAAUAGGCUCUAUGACAAGCUCAAAGCACUGCAGACGGGACCUUACAGCUGGGUCAAAUCUAACUUCAGAGACGUGGCAAAACUGGUGUCGUCGAAUGGACAGACUGGCUUUCCGCACAGUUCCUCUCAGCGACGGGCCUGUAUCCACUUCACUAUUGCGAGCUUCAUCCAUGCGUGCAUUUUCGUGCCACAUCAGUUUGGCAUAGAAACCAUCCAAGCUGAUCAGUUUCUCGCCGGAGUCGAGGCCAAUGUUCGACAAAACUGUUCCGAGGCAACACACAACACCUGGAGGAUGGCUACCAGCAUCGCAAUAGAGGCAGGCUCGAGAGGCCACUGUGAAAAGGCGAUGAACCUCAUUGUCGGCCAGGUCAAUGCUCAAUUCAGCACCUUUUCCUCCACCAACGAUGAAACAAGGACAUGCCAGCUCGUCAACCUGUUGCGGAAAUGUGUGGGAUUCAAGAUAGCUCUGAGCCGGCUAAAGCAAACAUUUGUCUUUCACUGCAGUCCCAUGGGGACCAGAUACUCUCAACAGUCUAUGGUUUUUGGAGGGGGUGACGGAGAGACGACCGGGGUGGUGAGAUGGUCUCUGUGGCCAGCAAUCAUGAAGCAGGUUGACGAAGGCAGUGAAGUGUUGGAGCCCGAGCUGGUCUGGACAAUGGGUGAUGGUGAGAGGCCUCACUCGGACUUUCGGAACAAUCAUGAGGUGAUUGAGGGAUAACGGGGCAAUAUCGAUUCGCUGUGCCCACUGUCAACAGACAGAUGGUAUUCUGGGGGAAGCAUUGAUCUGGG